AUGAGACUCCUAAGAAUAACUAUUAGGAAGCUUAGUGCAUCAAAUUAUCUAUUCCAUAUACCAGAUGAAUCCACUAGGUCUUGGGUUCUCCAGCGAGGACUUUGGCAUGUUGAUGGAUGCCUAAUGUUUGUUGCUUCUUGGACCCCAGAAGUUUCCCUUGCUAUUCCUGAGAUUAAAACCAUUCUUGUUUGGGUAACCUUGAAGAACAUACCCAACAUCUUAUAUUCUAUCCCAGAAAUAAGUCACAUUGCAUUGGGUUUAGGUGCUCCUAUGGCAACUCACAAGCCUCGGUUGGAUCCCAUUCUCAUGGGUGAAGCAAAAAUCUUAGUUGAAGUUGACUUGUCUAAAGCUUUUCCAACCCGAAUAGCUGAUUUGAAUGGGUUUAUUUCAAUGGUUGAUGUGGAAUAUGCAUGGUUGCCUUCUAAAUGCGGUAGAUUUGGUCAAUUGGGACACAAGAUUAAGCGUUGCUUACAAGAGGAAAACGUCUCAAAUGUAGUUGAUAACACAACUAAAGAAACUGUUUUGAUGGUUGACUUGGAUGUGGCCGGAGUCUCCAACUCUGCCCCGAUCUCUGCUCUAAAUCACUCAAGCUCAGCUCCUGCCAUAAGUAUUGACAUACCUGCUACUAACAACCUCACCGUUGAUCUAGUUAAAGAUUCCAUCAUGGAAGCUAUAAGUCCGGUAACUACAGCUUCGACAAUUGAGAAUGUGACUGUCCCUACAGCAUAUCAAGCCCCUCUUUCAACUACCAGCAAUAAUGUCAUUGAGUCUUCUUUUUUGGAGGCUGCUCGUUCUAUGAAUGCUCAAGCAAAAUCUACUGUCCAGAGGGAAAGUAUGAGAUUAGCUGAGCUUGAUUUGGGUUCUAAUAAGUUUGCCUCUUUGAUUUCUCAUGAAGAAGGAAAAGACUCGUCAGAUUCAGAAAAUGAUUCGGAUUCGAUGGAUCUUAUGACACUUUCGGGGAAGAGAAUUCUUCGAGAAAGACCGGUGAAACCAUCAACAAAGGCUAAGGAGAUGAAUUGGCAGUCCACAGGUCGUGGACGUGGAAACCGAAGACGUGGAAAUCGAGGUGGUCGCGGCUAA